GAAGAGGAGGAGGAGGAGGGCUUGACGGAGGUGAAUAAAAGGAAGAUGCGCUAACUGGAGCCCAGGGUUUGUGGCUGUUGUUGCCCAGAGCCAGAGAGAAGCGAUGGAGCUCUACAGCAAAGCAGAGACCCUGGAGCUGCGGAGGAAGCACAUUGGGCCUUCAUGCAAGGUGUUCUUUGCUAAGGAUCCCAUUAAGAUUGUACGGGCUCAUGGGCAGUAUAUGUUUGAUGAGAAUGGAGAAAAAUACUUGGACUGCAUUAAUAAUGUAGCACAUGUUGGACACAGCCAUCCAGAUGUGAUCAAGGCUGCAGUGAAACAGAUGGAACUACUCAAUACCAAUUCUCGUUUUCUCCAUGACAAUUUGGUCCAAUAUGCCCAACGUCUCACAGCUACACUUCCAGAACAGCUGUCUGUUUGCUAUUUUGUCAACUCUGGAUCUGAAGCAAAUGAUCUUGCUUUACGCCUGGCUCGGCAAUAUAGCGGUCACCAAGAUGUGGUUACCCUUGAUCAUGCCUACCAUGGCCAUGUUACUUCCUUGAUUGACAUCAGCCCAUAUAAAUUUAAUCAGUUGGGGAAAAACAGCAAAAAAGAAUUUGUCCAUGUGGCUCCUUCUCCAGAUACCUACAGAGGAAAGUACAGAGAGGACCAUCCAGAUCCAGCAAGUGCUUAUGCUGAUGAUGUGAGAAACAUUAUUGAAGAGGCUGAGAAGAACGGCCGAAAGAUUGCUGCCUUUAUUGCUGAGUCCAUGCAGAGUUGCGGAGGCCAAGUAAUUCCACCUGCAGGCUAUUUCAAGAAAGUUGCAGAAUCGGUCCACAAAGCAGGUGGUGUUUUCAUAGCUGAUGAAGUCCAGGUUGGUUUUGGCCGAGUUGGGAAAUGUUUCUGGGGAUUCCAGCUACAAGGUGAAGACUUUGUGCCUGACAUCGUCACUAUGGGAAAGCCAAUUGGAAAUGGCCAUCCAAUGUCUUGUGUAGUGACAACAAGAGAGAUUGCUGAAGCCUUUGGUGCCUCUGGAUUGGAGUACUUCAAUACUUUUGGUGGCAACCCAGUAUCCUGUGCAAUUGGUCUUGCUGUUUUGGAUGUAAUAGAAAAAGAAGAUCUCCAAGGGAAUGCCACACGUGUUGGGAACUACCUCACGCAACUACUGAAGGAACAAAAGGAAAAACAUCCACUGGUUGGAGAUGUCAGAGGUGUAGGCUUGUUUGUUGGAGUGGAUCUCGUGAAGGAUCGACAAAAAAGAACCCCUGCCACUGCAGAAGCCCAACAUAUCAUCUACAAGUUAAAAGAACAGAAAAUCCUUCUAAGUGCAGAUGGACCUUAUAGAAACAUAUUGAAAUUCAAGCCUCCCAUGUGUUUCAGUAUGGAAGAUGCAAAGUUUGUAGUCAAUCAAAUUGACGAGCUUCUCACCGAUUUAGAAGAAGCAACUGUAAUAAAAACUAGAAAUGGACUACCUACAAGUGUACAGUGCAAGCGAAAAGUGCCUGCUGAUGAGAGCUCACACUCAGAAGGUAUCAGCCAUAUCAAUGGAAAUGCCUGCAGACAAGAAAAUGGGUUUUGUGCUGAAAGCCAUACAGUGUCUUGCAAAAGAAUUAGGACAUAAUGCAAAGAUUUACAACGAAGAACAAGAAUGUAUGGUUAGGUGUAUUAAAGAAGGAAUGGGUGUAUCCUAUAACUAUAUAUGAGACUGGAUGUUUAUACUAUCUGAGGAAGAAAUACUCAUUCACUAGUGGUUUACAUUUGGAGGAUCCUAGCAUAAAACUAGCAUAGUUCCCUUUGUUUAAAAUGUCUAAACAGAAACGUCAGGAAGAAAAUUUUCUAGAACAUGGCCACAUAGCCCGAAAAACCCACAAAAAACCACUUUUUUCUGUUUGAGAUUUCUGUUUGAGAUUUCAGUAUCAGGAUAUUAAUAAUUUCCCAUGUUUUAAUGGAUGAUUUACUGCAGUAUGCAGCAUUCUGGUGGGGCCAUUCAUGCCAGUGCUGAAAUUUUAAAAAAUUGCACAGUUAGUUUUAUCUGUAAGAGGACACAUGCAAUAACCAGGUGGCAUAUAUAUAUAUAUAUAUAUAUAUAUAUAUAUAUAUAUAUAUAUAUAAUCUUCAAAUCCCACACCAGCUUUUUUAAUGGGAAGAGGAAUAAAUUUAGUCCAUAUUCUCUCUAAUUUGCUGAAAGAGAUUUCAGUUUCUUGUUGCCUAGGGCAUAGAUGCUACCUGUUUACAUAAGCAAUCUCCUCUUCCAGCUACAGAUAUGUGCAAGGGAGUUGUCUUGUUGUUUUACAUUCACCAUUGAAGAUUUUAUUAUUGACUGUAUAAUAUGACUGAACUUUAUUAUCUACAUUGUGGUUGAAAGCUUGAUAGUACUAUUGUAUAUAAACACAUUGACCAGAAUCAUGUUGAUGACAGAUGUGCAUGUGACCUGGGAUAUAUGCGUGUAGAUCUUUUAAAGUUUGUCACACAAGGAGGUAUCCAGUACCCCCUUACACAGUAUCUCCUAUGCAAGUCUGUUUAAAAGGGAAAGUCUGUGCUCCUUUGGAUGCCAUUGAGAUGAAUGCAAGGUGCCUCUGCAACCGAGAGAGAAGAGGAGCCAUUGCCUUCCUGGAUUUUCAUUGUACUCACUGGAGAUCUCAGACUGCAACAUCUGCUGUUUCCUCUCAUCUUCAAAGGUGCAGCCAAACACCUCUUGGGCACCCUGCACCAUUCUCAGUCACUAAAUGGCUGUGGAAACACAAGUUGCCACUUGAAAGCUGAUUUCCCCAUGGUGCUAAAUGAAACAGAAUUGAGCAGGCAAAGUGUUAUGUUUUUUAGUUCUACAUAUCAGUUUUGUCUUUACUGUUAUCAGCAUUCUUUAUGAACUCUUGGCAGAAAACUAGUUUGCUCUUUAUUAGCGCUCUCCCUUGUUUUUUUUUUCUCCAAAGAAUAAAGCUAUUUUGACCUAA